AUGGCGACCGUGAACGUCACCCCGCUGACGGAGGUGGGUGAGGCCAACAGCACCAACGGCACGCUGCUGCUCUACCCCUGGGGCGAGUCGCUCUACCCGUCCGGCUACUCCACGCUGCGCAUCGUGCUCACCUCGGUCGUUGUGACGCUCAUCAUGAUCGUGGUCGUGGUGGGCAACAUGCUGGUCAUCAUCGCCAUCGCCACCGAGAAGGCACUAAAAGGCAUACAGAACUGGUUCAUCGCGUCACUGGCAGUGGCCGAUUUCAUGGUGGGACUGAUCAUCAUGCCGUUCUCGCUGGCCCAGGAGCUGAUGGGCUACUGGCUGUUUGGCGAACUGUGGUGCAGCCUGCACGCCGCCAUUGACGUGCUCGCCUGCACUAGCUCCAUCAACAACAUCUGCCUCAUCAGCCUGGACCGCUACUGGUCCAUCACACAGGCCGUCGACUACCUCAAGAGCCGCACGCCGCGCCGGGCCAUCUUCAUGAUCGCCUUCGUCUGGCUCUUCAGCGCGCUCAUCUGCUUCCCACCGCUGCUCGGCUGGAGGAAGAAGCGCGUCCAGAGCGACUUCCCAAAGUGCGAGCUCUCCAAGGACAUCGGCUACGUGCUCUACUCGGCGCUGGGCAGCUUCUACGUGCCCUCCAUCAUCAUGAUCUUCGUCUACAUCCGUAUCUACUUCGCGGCUCGGAGCCGCGCGCGUCGCUACGUGAAGCGCCGGCCGCGCGCCGGGCCCGUGCCGCCCACACCUCAAACAGCCGUCGAGGUGCACCACAGCAUGCCGCCUAGCGGUGACACCGACAGUCGUAAGUCGAGCGCCGGCAGCGAGGGUGCGCCGCCGUCGCGCGGCGGCAGUCGCCGGGCGGCGCCGGCGGUGCCGUCGGCGGCGCCGCCGCUGGCCGUGGUGCCGGUGGACAGCGAGCCUAACGGCCGAACACCCAUCUCCGAGUGCAGCGCCGAGCCGGAGCGCUCCUCGUCUGACUCGGGGCCACAGGCGAGCCGCUGUAACGCCGUGCUGCCGCUGCGCCGCCACCUGCGCGCGCCCGUCUGGGGCCGGAAAACAUCCAAGGCUAAGCGCGAGAUGAUUGACAUGGGUCGGCUGAAGGUGCGGGUCGAGACUCCGGCCGUGUCCGACGCACCGGCCGUGGAGGUGGCUGUCCGGCACAGAGACCCCGACCGCGAGAAACGGCGCAUCGCCAGGAAAAAGGAGAAACGCGCCACGCUAAUCCUGGGCCUCAUCAUGGGCUCGUUCAUCGCUUGCUGGCUGCCGUUCUUCUUCCUGUACGUGCUGGUACCGCUGUGUAGCUCAUGCCACGUGGCAGACUGGGGCUUCGCUUUCGCCUUUUGGUUGGGUUACAUGAACUCGGCUCUAAAUCCGGUCAUAUACACUAUCUUCAACAAGGAUUUCCGUCGCGCGUUCCGGCGUAUCCUAUUCAAGUGAGCCGGUGCGGUGGCGCCGCGCCCCGUGCGGUCAGCGACGUCGCAGCUCGGCCAGGGCGCCGAGAGACAUCGUCGCCGGCAUCAGGUGAUAAGAGUUUUGUACGGGCGUGAUGAAUCGUACAAAGUCGCUGCGGACCAUGGCGAUCGCAACGCGCGCGCUCGUCGGCACAAGUUUGACAAAAGUUUGAACGUCGUCAGCGCGUCGGGCGACUCGACUCCGUCAGGAACGGAGUGCUGCAGAUGAUAAGCCGCGUCUUGGCAAAGUGUUGUACAUUCUGCCUGCCGGCGCCACCGUUGGACUCCCAUGGGAGCCGAUUCCUGGACUGUCUGUGCUCACGCGGGUGGUGAGCGUGCGCGGGAUGCCGUAGGCUGCGCCGUGCGGUGCAGACUCUGCUGUAGCGAUUCGGACAAGCUCUGGUGUUACACGUCGUUGUCAUGCACGUGCGCGCAGGGUCCGCCGUGCGGGCUCCGGACUAUUAGGAGCUCGAGGAGCUCCUGGCGAGCCCGGACGAUGGAUGAAUGAAGUCGAGCCACAGCUAGUGAGCGGUAACGCCGGACAUACCGUGCUGGUAGAAAUGUGUGAGGUUAGAGCGUCCUUCAACUUCUUUCAGUUAGAUAUCCACAAACCGACACAAAAGGCAGGGUAGGAGUUGCAACACAUUUUACAGCGCAAUAUUUAUUUUCCAUAUUAACGGUGUUCAUAAUUUUCAGAUGCAUGUUGUUUAUUUGAACUAUCAAAAGUGGUGUCAACAACAUCACAUUCAUGAUCUCAUUUAAAUGAGAAGCUAUUUAGCCAAUUCACCGCGCCUCA